AUGGCCUCUCGUGAAGGGAUCAAUCCCUUGCGGCCCUAUUAUAUUCCCCAGACGGGACUAUCGCCCAACACUACACAGGAACCCGCUCCGUCCGCCCAUGUGUUUGGCAGCAGCGCGCGUGACUUCAUCCCGGACCUCGACUAUGGAGACUAUCUGGACGCCUCGCCGUCCGUGUCCGACUGGGUUCGGGAUGCCGUGAACCGAGCUCUUGUCCGCUACACUCAAGUCCUCACCGCGCAGCCCUUUGAUGUUGCCAAAACAAUCCUCCAGGUGUACGUGGUGCCAGAUGCCACCGAAGACCAAGCUCGGAAGUCGACUCCGGCUCCUGGUGGUAGCUCCUACGACUCGGCGUCCGAGUCAUCAGACGAUGAAAGCACCUAUUUCACUUCAGCGGCCCCGUCAACAUCCACGCCGACCACCCCGCGGUCACGAAGGGGACGACACUAUAUCACCGACCGCAGUGGCUACAUUCGUCCGGAUGACCCCGCAACAUCCAAACAUGCGCUCACCAUCAAGAAUCCGAGCUCGUUGAUGGAUGUGCUUUCCCAACUAUGGUCGACGAGCGGACCAAGCUCCCCUUGGAAAGCUUCAAACGCCACGUUCAUCUACUCACUCCUCCUCCCGACUCUCAACACCUUCAUUCGUAGCUUGCUUUCAGCCAUCGUGGGCCUUCCAGAGGCAGACAUCUCUUCGUCCAUGACAGCCGACAUAUUGACCGCAUCUUCGCCCCUGGUCACCCUCCUCCUAUCAUUCAUUUCGUCAUCCGUCUCCGCACUGGUGCUUUCGCCCAUUGAUACCGCACGCACAUUCUUAAUGCUCACGCCCGCCACACACGGCCCGCGCUCGCUCGUACGCGCCAUUCGCGAGCUUCCUACUCCCAACUGCACCGUCCCGCAGCAUCUCGUCCCAAUCACCAUUCUCCACUCCAGUCUUCCUAACUUCAUCAUGACGUCGACCCCACUCUUCCUCAAAUCCUACUUGUCAAUCGACCCUCUCCUCAACCCGUCCAUGUGGAACCUGUUCACCUUCCUCAGCUCCGGUCUCGAACUAGCCGUGCGCUUCCCUCUCGAGACCGUUCUCCGCCGCGCCCAAAUUGCGACGUACACCUCCCUCAGUCUGCGACAGAAGUCUUCGGGCGGCAGCAUUCGCGCCGCAUCAAUCGAUGCCUCCGAUGUCGAGACCAUCGUCCCAACCCCACGGACUUACCGCGGUAUCAUUGGGACAAUGUGGCACAUCGUCCACGAAGAAGGUGUCAGCCCGAAUCCCUCCGACCUCGAGCGCAUCAGUCAAGCAACCGGCCGGCCGACCACUCAACGCCAGCUUCAGAAGCGCCAACAGGGUCAGGGUAUCCAAGGACUCUACCGCGGCUGGCGCGUUGGGAUGUGGGGUAUCGCCGGUAUCUGGGGCGCCAGCAUACUGGGCGGGAUGUCCGGAGCCGGCGAGGAAGAAGUAACGACGCGCGGUGGCCACGGGCGGUCUAGCGGUGGACGGUUCUAA